GCUGGGCGGUUGCCAGCAGUUUGCAAGACCCAGGUGGCCCCGGGCAGGAAGGUGGUAGGGAGCCUUCGCCCUGCCUGCAGCCCGGCGUCCGCCCCCCGCAGCGCCCUCGGUGAGUCCACUCCCUGCGGGAGCGGCCUAGGGCGUUGGGGAGGGAGCUGGGGUCACCUCCCGGGGGAAAGGAGGCCCCAGGGAGCAGGUGCAGGACCCCCGGGGAAACUGAGGCCUCAGGGAAGAAGGUGCAGGAUCCCCGGGGAAACUGAGGCCCCAGGGAGCAGGUGCAGGAUCCCCGGGGAAACUGAGGCCCCAGGGAAGAAGGUACAGGACCCCCGGGGAAACUGAGGCCCCAGGGAGCAGGUGCAAGACCCCCGGGGAAACUGAGGCCUCAGGGAAGAAGGUGCAGGAUCCCCAAGGAAACUGAGGCCCCAGGGAGCAGGUGCAGGAUCCCCGGGGAAACUGAGGCCCCCAGGGAGCAGGUGCAGGACCCCCAGGGAAACUGAGGCCCCAGGGAGCAGGUGCAGGAUCCCCGGGGAAACUGAGGCCCCAGGGAGCAGGUGCAGGAUCCCCGGGGAAACUGAGGCCCCAGGGAAGAAGGUGCAGGAUCCCCGGGGGCACUGAGGCCCCAGGGAGCAGGUGCAGGAUCCCCGGGGAAACUGAGGCCCCAGGGAAGAAGGUGCAGGAUCCCCGGGGAAACUGAGGCCCCAGGGAGCAGGUACAGGAUCCCCCGAGGAAACUGAGGCCCCAGGGAGCAGGUGCAGGACCCGGGGGAAACUGAGGCCUGGUGGCAGCCUUGCUAGGGUUGGAGGGGCUUUCCACCCCACGUGGUGCCCCAGCCCGCACGAGGGCUGGAGGACCAGGCCCUUUCCCAGUCCUCAGCCUUCCCUGCAAAGGGCAGCACCUCCUCCCUCGCGGGGCCGGUGGGUGCCAUGGGCUGACUGCGGCCGCCCCCAGGACACGCCAUGAACCCGCUGGUGCUCGUGGUGCACGGCGGCGGCGCCAGCAGCAUCUCCCGGGAGCGGCGGGAGCGGGUGCGCCAGGGCGUGCUGCGCGCAGCGGCCUUGGGCUACCGCAUCCUGCGGGCGGGCGGGAGCGCGCUGGACGCGGUGGAGGGCGCGGUGGCGGCGCUGGAGGACGACCCCGAGUUCAAUGCAGGUUGUGGAUCUGUCUUGAAUGCAAAUGGUGAAGUGGAAAUGGAUGCAAGUAUCAUGAGUGGGAAAGAUCUGUCCUCAGGAGCCGUGUCUGCAGUCCGCUGUAUAGCGAACCCCAUUAAGCUUGCACGGCUUGUCAUGGAAAAGACGCCUCAUUGUUUUCUGACUGGCCAAGGAGCAGCAAAGUUUGCAGCAUCCAUGGGGAUUGCAGAAGUUCCGGAAGAGCAACUGGUAACAGAGAGAAACAGAAAACGUCUGGAAAAAGAGAAAUAUGCUCAAAAAGCAUGCUGUCAAAAGUAAGUGCCCUCAAUAGCUAAUAUUUCUGGGAGUUACUUGAGUGUGGAGGUUUGACAGAUAUCUGACGAUAUAUAGAUAACGUUUCUUAAGU